AGAGUCCCAAAUUUUCCGUAUGCGGGUAAGCCAAGAGGCACAACUGACCUAGACAACUGACCUAGUUAUGUGCUUUUGUGAGCCUUAAGACGCCCCCAUGAGGAGGUAUUUUUUGUGCAAUUUUGAAAGUGGGCCUACCACAGGAGGCUGCUAUGAUUUUGGCCUGUUUCCUUUUAGAUGUAAUUGGCUGUCUUUUCCCUAUUAGAAUAAUUUUAUCAAAUUCUCAAAUGUUCCAAAGAAACCAGAUUUACACGCAAGUCACCGUUAAACCGAAUUCAGAUAACUCCGUAUAUAGUCUUGAAUUUUUUAUACUACAUUGUUUAUAAAAGGUUUUUUCUUUCUUUUAUUUGUGUCAUUGAUUUGAUUUAAAAAUUUCAUUAUCAAGCCAGAACCUUCCAUAAGUUAUACAGAGGCUAGAAAAAUUAGCCAUGUAUAAUUAUUCUUGAAGUUUUUUGCUGUGAAAGUUAACGUUUUUGUUUGCUGGCAAUUUUUUUGCGUGAAUAAGCGUACAAGAAAGCAAUCACUUUUGAGUUACAUUUGCAAUCAAUAACAAAUGUACCAAACCUGAGCUGUUAAAAAACGGCUUUCUCUUUAUGUUAUGGUAAGGGACGGAGCCAGAAAAUUGUUUGGAGGGGUCAAAAAGUGAUUUUUGCCGACAAAAAAGGGCGUGUCUCACUCUUUAAGGGUGUGGUCAAAAGAUAAAUCCUCUUAUAUGCUACUUUUAUGCGUUUAUGUUUCAAAGUUUAUACUCUAGUGCCAUGCUUUGAAAGUUCAACUACACUGAAAUGUCAAUAUGUUACAAUUGCUGCGAAUAGGUUACAGAGUGAGUACAAUAAUUCAUCUUUUGCCCGGCAAAAAUCCUUAAUGUGCCGAUAAAUAAAAGUUGGAGGGGGUACCACACAAUAAUCAACGAUAAUUGAUAUCUAAUGGUAUUAAGUUUCUAUGUUUUAUUCUGCAAAUUACCGUGCAACAGGCUGCCAAAACAUAAUGUAGAUAAGGAAUAUCAUCUAAAUUUUUGUUACUUCAAGUUUUUAGUUCAAAUUUAAGGAACCUUUCAUUAAAGCAAGUGGCGGAAUAACCAAAUGUAUGCAACAGGCUGCCAAAACAUUAUGUAGACAAGGAAUAUCAUCUAAAAUUUUGUUACGUGGCAGAAUAACCAAAUGUAUGUGCUUUAGUCAAUUCCUUUUUUCUGUGGCAUAGCGCUGCUUGUAUAGUCUUCGUUAGGAGUGUUAACUAACCUUCCCAAUCUUUUUUAUUCUCGCUUAAGCCUAACUUUUGCUGUGCUAUUUAAGCUUGUGAUAUUUGACUUGUGUCUACGACAUGCACACAAUUGCAAGCACAGCAAAUAAUGAACAUUGAAGUAACUACACAAUUUUUAGGAUAAGCUUCAUAAAAGCACAGGAGGAAGCUUCUAUCACGGUACCUUGGUGUUUUGCCUAAAGUCAUUUAGUAUUCGCGGCCUGUUACGCCUAUCGACAAGAUGUUAUCAUUCGAGUAUCCAUUGCAGCUUAAAAACAGCAGAUUAGCAAAAUCAAUUACAAAUAAAAACCUUCUCUUGAAAGCACUGUCAAGCCUUACCAUGGGCUUAGAGAUAUUUCACAAUUGCAGCAUCAUUUAAUAAUUCAGAAGCGAAAAGCUGCUUUCAUAGCAAAUUAGAUGAAAAUUUAUUGAAUGUUCUCUAUGGAAGUGAAGGCACAUGUAGCGUACUUUGGACGUGAUAUGCAGAUGGUUUUGAAAAUCUUAUGGUUUUGAACAUCUUAUCAGAUGUUAUAUUUAAGCAACACCUAGUCAGACUUUUGUGCAAGAUACAUUCAAUACGAACAGUACUGUGAAUAAAUGAGGGUCAAUUGAGGACGCCUUUUUCCUUUUUCAUCAGAAGCAAAGGUAGGGUUGAUCGUUGUCAUGUCACUUUUAAUCCCCACUUAUGAUGUGGCAAUGCUUUAAAGAUUUGAUUUUCACUGAACUUCCAUAGUUUUGAAUGGUUAGUCAAAACCGAAAAGGCUGUGCCUUUCAGUGUUCAUUGAAACCUUGGAUGAUAAAAGACGAUUAUCAAGAUACAAAUGGGAACAAUGGGCCUCGAUAUGGAGACAGCUUUAGCUAUUCUCAACCUGGCUUUGCAUGCAAAUGCAGAAAUUCUUCGGCUUCCUUGUGUAACUUUUGCAAACUUCGACUUUGUGAGGAAAGGCAAGGCUAUGCGGGUACCAUUUCUCACUUUAGAAGGCAUUGAUGCUGAUAUUUGCAAAUAUGAAUGCAUCAAAGAUCGCAGAUGCCUUUCUAUUAACGUUAAUGAAGAUCAAAGCAUUUGUCAGCUUAAUUCUCGGUCUGGCCAAAGUGCAUUAGCUUUCUUCUGGCUUUCAACCCUGCCUGGUUGGACGUUUUUGUCAACAUCGAACAAACGACUGCUGGGUAGAAAUUGCAUGAAGCAAAGCUUGUUUUCGGAGACCUUGAAUUGCGUAGACACCUGUAGCUGCCCUGGGUUUGAAUACAAAGCCUACUGUCCUGUCCGUUUCAAAAGACUUAACUGUUUCAAUGGAGUUUCAAACCCUCCUCGUGGUAAGGCACUACCGCUAUUAGUAUCAACGGAAAGAGAUGUGAGACAUACCUUGUGGAACGGUCAUGUAUUGGACUGGGGAGGAUAUUACGAGCAAUUGCGAGAUAUUGUUUGCAGAUGCGUUACAAAAGUCUCGCGAUUAGGCCAUAAAUACGCUGGUUUGAUGGAAUACGGAGAAUGCUGGACAGCGGAAGAUCAGACAACAAUUCCUUGGAGGUUUGGCGCAUCAAACCACUGCGUAGACGGUAGAUAUACUGCAUGCAGUCCAGACGCCAUGUUUUGCACUGGGCAGGAGUUUGCAGUGUUCGUCUACGAGAUCUUGUAACCUGCUUUAGCAUGUUAUCAUAGAGUUCUAAAUUAGUUAAAUUAGAUUAAACUAAAUUAAAAAUAGAAAUAUAUGCUUGAUUCAAGGCUACAAGCACAUUUGGACGAUUUAAUGAAUAAAACGGAUUCAAGAAGAGAUUUGUUACCUGAAGAAAUUCGCAGAGGACCAGUUCUCCUGCAUUGGGAUCGUUUAAUUUUUUUUAUGCUUUAAGUAACCAUCUAUGGUUUUAUCUUCACGCUUUGUCAAAAAAAGAAAAGUUCAAGCACAACAGUAAAUUCUUCUUACUUUAUAUACUCUUGUGAGGUAUACAUUGCCUUCCUCGAAACUUCUGUAUCUUUGGAUAACAUUCCUCCGGCUCACAGCCUGUGGAACCUUAAUGAAUGUUUUCUGCGCUCUAAUUAGAAGGCAUUUGACACAGGCGAUUGUGCUGAACAGUGGUAAAUUAGAGUUAAUGGGUACUGUGUUACAAUAGUACAGAUAGCCCAGUUACGCUCGCUACGCGGGCACGCUGCAGCCCUUCUGUUCACGAGAGUAAAGUUUCCAAUAGUACAUAUGAUAGCUAAGAGGUUUUGAUACAAGACAGAGACAAAACAAGGAUGUAUGUUAAGUCCACAUACAUUGUUCAAUUGACCCAUAUAUUGGUAAACUUGGUCUUGGUCCGUUUUUAUAUUUCUCAGUUUUCGAACAGAAGUGGCAAAUAAACGAGGUUAAAUACAUUGACAUACACAUGAAUAAACGAAAGUAAAUUUAGAUAAGGUCUUUUCUUUUUCAGGGGUGUUUGCCACCGGGCCAGAACGUGCCUGACUGUAAAUUCAUUUAGAUAUGCCACCAUCAGGCAUUGUGCUAGUU